GCUCCAUCUACGCAAGCCCGAGACACGGACACCAGUCAGUUACACCACCAAGCUGGCAAGCUGCUUCCGGUUACGAACCCGGCAAGCAACAACCCGAGCUGAGAUGCGCGAGGGCGAGGCGCCGGCAGUGCCGACGGCGCGGCGGGCGCCGCCGCCGCCUCCCCCGUGGGAGGCGCUGCCCCUCGUCGCGCCGUUCCUCGACGCCACGUCGCUGGCGGCGGCCUCCUGCGUCUCCACGUCGUGGCACGCCGCCUUCGCGGCCGACUACCUCUGGGCGCGGCUCUGCGCGCAGCACUACCCCUCCGCGCUCGGCCUCCUCCGCCACCUCCCCGAGACCGCCAGCGGCCGGCAGCAGCGCUCCUCCUCAUCCUCCCCGCACCGCCGCCUCUUCGCGCUGUUCCGGUCCGCGUCCAACCGCUGCCGCGCGCUGCCGGCCCCGCGCCUCGCCCUCGCCGACGUCGCCUUCGCCGUCGACAUCUCCACGGCCGGGGGCGAGAGCAUCGUCUCCUUCGCGGUCGCCGCCGCCGAGGCCGGUGGCGUCAAGAACGCCGCGGGGCUGUUCCUGUUCGGGGUCGACCUGAGCGCCCGGAGCGCGGCGAUCGGGCCGGGCGAGUGGCGCGUCCGGUGGACGGCGGUGCGGACGGGUGACCGUUGGGACGGCGGCGCGCCCGCGGCGGUCUUGAUGAUGGACGCCAAGGUGCCGGCGGCGAGGACGGCGGGCGCUGUCCGCUUCGGCGGUAGAGGGGAGGCCGGGGUCGCGGCGAGGCUGCCCGCGCCGGGCUGCGGGGGCCAGAGGCUGGAGGCGGAGGUGGUCGUGGAGCUGGCCGGGGAGGAGAGGGUGGUCGAGAAGGUGAGGCUCGGAGUGAUGUGCGAGUGCCGCUGUGGGCUCCGAGGUGCGAAUUUUAGUUCCAGAAAGUCCGUGCUGACAAAUCUGAACUUCAUGAUGGACGGAAUGCGAGCUACAUAUUCACGCAGAGCUGUCUCUAAGAAAACUGAGAUCAAGAAUGAUGAGAAGUCAGUCAUAGAGGAGGAAGAUGCUGCUGGAAGUGAUUUGGAGAUGGAGCGAGUGAGGAGUGACCCUAGCCAGCUCCAAUCAAUGACGGUGAAAGAGCUCAGGGAGCUUACAAGGAGGAUGGGUGUUUCUGGGAAAGGCACCAAGAAAGAUUUAGUAUCAGCACUGAUGGAUUCUCUAGGGGUGGAAGGAAAUGGUAAAGGGGGGAAGUCAUCUUCUGAGCUGGUUAGCCCCUCGGAGGAACCUUUAAAAAGAAAAAGUGGUGCUUCAGUUGUGGUUGAACAAAAACUAGAAAGUUCUGAGGUUAUAUCUGAAACUCCUAGCAAUAAAAGAAGUAGAACAAAACAGAAGUUAAUCAAGACCACUACUCUUGAGGAGAAUUCUGUGAGUAAUGGCAAGAUUAAUAAGACUUCAGUCCAGAAGGAAACACUUGUUGUUAAAGGGGCCGUUCCUAAGGCAGGAUUAAGUCCUAAUGACAAUUCAGAACCUUGGACUGUACUUGUACAUAAGAAACCACAAGCCGGGUGGAUUCCUUACAACCCUAAGACUAUGAGGCCUCCACCUCUAAGCAAGGCUACACGGGCUCUGAAGAUUCUGUCAUGGAAUGUCAAUGGAUUGAAAGCAUUGCUCAAAUCAAGAGGCUUCUCUGUGCAGCAGUUAGCAGAGAGGGAGGACUUUGAUGUGCUAUGCCUACAAGAGACAAAAAUGCAGGAGAAGGAUGUUGAAGUUAUUAAGGAUACUCUGCUUGAUGGAUACACAAAUAGUUUCUGGACAUGCAGUGUGUCAAAGCUUGGCUAUUCAGGAACAGCAAUAAUUUCACGAGUGAAACCCCUCUCGAUCAAGUACGGGCUUGGUGUACCAGACCAUGAUACUGAAGGGAGGGUUGUGACUGUGGAAUUUGAUGACUUCUACUUGCUAACUGCUUAUGUGCCGAAUUCUGGUGAUGGUCUAAGAAGACUGACUUACAGGGUCACAGAGUGGGAUCCAUCCCUUGGUAACUACAUGAAAGAAUUGGAAAAAUCAAAGCCUGUCAUACUAACUGGUGAUCUUAACUGUGCCCAUCAGGAGAUUGAUAUCCACGAUCCUGCUGGCAAUCGUAAAAGUGCUGGCUUCACAAACGAAGAAAGAGAAUCAUUUGAGACUAACUUUUUGUCCAAAGGAUUUGUUGACAUGUUUCGGAAACAGCAUCCCAAUGUUGUUGCAUAUAGUUAUUGGGGUUACAGGCAUAAUGGCCGUAAAACAAAUAAAGGUUGGCGCCUGGAUUACUUUCUUGUGUCGGAGUCUAUUGCGGAAAAGGUGCACGAUUCAUAUAUUCUUCCGGACAUCUCUGCCAGUGAUCACAGCCCCCUUGGCCUCGUACUGAAGCUCUAGGCUGCAUCAUUGGCCAUGCCAAACACUCAAUUUGAAGCUGGGGCCUUGAAUUUCGGCAGCAAUGCUUAUUCUUCAGGGUUUUAGUUUGCGUGGACCUGAGGCAGAGUCGGCGAUUUUGCAUCCGGCCACUAGCGAAGAGACACCAGCUGAUACUGAUGCUGCGUUUUCUGAUGUAAAUAGGCCGGCCGAUGAAUAGAUUGCAUCUUUGGUAUCAGUUCUGUUGCUCAGUACGGGGAGCUUAUUUGUCCGGUUAUGAAACUUAUAACUGAAUGGAAGUAUGCAGUGGGUAAAAACUUGCUGAAUCUAUGGUUUA